UGGAGAAUCGAGUCGACGACGCAGUUUCCAGUCUACUAUAAGAUCGUCAACACGGCUCGUGGGGAAAGCACUCAGCUGUUGUGACAGGCGAGGGGGAUCUUAACCAACAAAAUUCGUUGAAUACCACCGAGGUUCGUAGAAUUUUCGACAUUUUAUUUCUCAAAAUAGUUCAUCAAACUACGCUUCAACUGAUACACCAAUUCGGGGGACAAACUUGACCGCCGCUGCGGACAGGUAGUGAUCUAAACCGAUACUUCAUAACACAUCUGGAAAUAGUAUGGAAUCCUUGUAACAAAUAUAUACGAAAACCAUAAUAUGCGUAAAGAAGUUGAAAAUGGAGGUGGGUGUAAUGGAGCUGCGUCCAGACCUCGAAGAUUACUGCCACGCUUUUCUUUACGAAGACUAUUAUACUCCAGCCCGCUUCUUGGACGACGCUUUGCCCGCGCGUCGAGUUCUAGCAAUCGCACAGCUAAAGCUAAAGAUGCAGUUGACGGAAGAACAGGAGAUGUAGAAAAAGGUGAAACGCGCGGAACCAGUGUUUCCAGCCAGCCGCAGUCACACACGAUAGACAUGCAGUAUGUCACGAGCAAAAGCUCUGUUCCCACUAAUGCAGGAACGAGCCUUGAAAACGGCUUGAUGGAGUGUCCCCUGUGCUUAGCCGAGCUUUCUGCCGAGUCUUUCCCUGUCGUUCAGUCUUGCGAUCAUCAAAGCUGCUAUGACUGCUACCAGCAAUAUCUUAAGGUUGAAAUAUCGGAAUCCAGAGUCAAUAUUGCCUGUCCUGAAUGCUCUGAACUUUUGCAUCCCAACGAUAUACGAAUGAUCCUGAACGAUCAAGCUCAGUUUGAAAAGUACGAAGAUUUCAUGGUGCGAAGAGUUUUGGCCGUUGAACCAGAUACCAGGUGGUGCCCUGCACCGGAUUGUAGCUUUGCCGUUAUUGCCACUGGCUGUGCCUCCUGUCCUAAACUACGAUGCGAACGACUUGGGUGUGAUUCAUACUUUUGCUACCACUGUAAAGCCAAAUGGCAUCCUAAUCAAACUUGUGACGCAGCUAGAGCGCAAAGAUCUCAAUACUACGACCGUAGCUCAUCUCUCAGCUUUAGUCAAAGUGACUCGCAACACAGAGACGAUAUCAAGCCGUGUCCCAGAUGUCAAGUACUGAUUGUAAAAAUGGACGACGGCAGUUGUAAUCACAUGACUUGUGCCGUCUGUGGCGCUGAGUUUUGUUGGUUAUGUAUGAAAGAAAUCAGUGACCUUCAUUAUCUCAGCCCGUCUGGAUGCACGUUUUGGGGUAAAAAGCCUUGGUCAAGAAAAAAGAAAAUCCUCUGGCAACUUGGAACUCUGGUUGGAGCUCCGGUCGGUAUUGGUCUUGUUGCUGGUAUUGCAGUGCCUGCCAUGAUUAUAGGAAUCCCCGUUUGGGUGGGAAGGAAGCUCUACACGAGGUACGAAAACGCAAACAAACACAAGAGAAAUGCCUUCAUCGCAGGAGGUGUAACUGCGUCGGUCCUAGUAUCGCCAGUGUUGGCUGGACUGGCAGUGGGUAUCGGGGUUCCUAUACUUUUGUUCUAUGUUUACGGAGUUGUUCCCGUGUCUCUUUGCCGAAGCGGAGGUUGUGGAGUUUCAACAAAUGGCGCAGGCGUCAGGUUCGAUUUCGACGAUGAAAAUGAGCUGAUGGGAGCAUUUGGCAACAAGAAUACCGGAGACGCAUCAUCGAUAGACGCUGCCAGUCACAGAGGUGCGAACCCCUCGAUCGGAGAAGCGUCAUUAUCUCUGGGUAGCGGCAGUCAAUUAAACGAUCAAGAUGUAGCAACGUACAACUAUAUAGUAUCGGCAGGUGCCAGUCUUGCUGCCAGUAUAGCAUCGACACUCUUGCCUGGUGGCCAGAGACUGGAAGUUCAGGCCGACGUAGCAUCUACGCAAAGAUUCAGUCUCAGUAGCGAAACUGCAUCAGCCGCCACUAGCCUGUCUGAAAAGUCUGUCAAUGCUUCUAUCGCUCCAGACGAUGGUGCAGCUUCUACGAGGGCCCUGGCUGGCUCAGUUUUAAAUUUCAAGGUUGACACUGGAACGGCAAGUGGUGUACGUAAUACUGACGGUGAUCCGGAAGCUGGUACUACGGCAGAAAACCAUGUCGAUACGGCCGGACAAGCCGCUUCUCUCAGUUCCUUGGAGGAGCUUGCAUCUGGUUUAGCCAAACGCGCGCGCCGCAGGCCGAUUCUUGACCGUCAACUCAGUGACUCCAGUAGCUGGACUACUUGCGGUGAGGAUGGAGGAUCAGAAAGGGUUCGUUUCGAUGAUCACGUUAGUUUUAUUGAAGCUGACCAAGAGGCUGGUCCCAGCAGUAGCUGCAACACAGGGAAUCGAGGUCCGGGAAGGCGUAAGCGAAAUAAGGACCACGAUCAGGAAAUUGAAAUAGCGUCGAGAUCUCCGUCGAAUCCAAGAUCCUCCAACAAUGAUUCUAACGUCGAUGCUGCGGCAGAAGAUCACCCAAGGGAGAGGGUAAACGUUGCUACUUUGCGCAGCGUGUUCUUUCAUAAUGGUUCAACUUUUGAAAGAGAAAAGCGACUGCCUGUGAUAGAAGAACCUUGUCCCAUAGAGAAGCGACAAAAUCGCGGUGUCAAAGAAGCAAAGACUUUAAUCGCAUCACGACCGACACAUAGUGCCGAUGUUGAAGUAGCAGGAAUUCCUCAGCGAUUGCACCAUGUCAUUAAAGAGGAGACGCCUCCUAUGGCGUCGAUAUCAACCCCCCUGCCAGAUGUGGAAGUGCCAGAACUUCCUCAGCGAUCGUACCAUGUCACUAAGGAGGAGACGCCUUGUAUGGCGUCGAUAUCACCCCCCCUGCCAGAUGUGGAAGUGCCAGAAAUUGCGUCGCGACCAAAUCACGUUGUAACAGAAGAGAUACCUUCGAUAGCAACGCGACCAAUGCAGAUAGAAAUUGAAGAACCGAAAAUAGCAACAAAAUACAAUCAUAUAAUAGACAAAGAAAGACAACCGGCAAUUGCAUCGCAACCAGCCAAUGUAAUGGAUGAAAAAAUUAUUUGCCCCGUUGCGUCGAAACAUGGCCAUGUUCUCGAAGUGGAGAAAUCUUGCCCAAUAGCAUCCCAUUACCAACUCAGGCAAAGUUAUUGCGAAAAUGACAAUGUUCGUAUCAAGGAGGAUAAUUCUCAUUGCUGAAAUGAAAUUACGGUAAGAUGAGAGUUACGUUUAUAGUUGUGCUUAAUACCCUGCGACAUGCCUUAGGAUGCGAAUGAAAAUGAAUUUGCGGAACAUGCAUUCCUGGUAUUCUGAUAUGUGCGUCGGAUAUGUAAGUAUGUACACAUGGAUGAUGAUUUUGAUUACAAUUACAUGUUGAGUUGUUAUCCGCUUCGUGAAACCGAAAAAUCGUGAUACGCAAAUAAACAGCAUUUUCGACGUUUACACGAGCAGAUUUAAUCAGUAACGACAAGUCGAUAUGUUAUACCAAGAAGAAUUAAUCGCGAUCCGCGGUGCUUGAGUAACUCAUGACGACUUUUGCACAAGCAAGGCGCCUUCACUCUCAACUCUCUGAAAUUUUUUUCGGUGUAUUGCGUAAAAUCAAAAUGCAGAUGUAUAGUAGGAACGUUCUAUGCGUGUUAAUGUUUGUAACUAUCAGCGAUAAUCGUAAUUUGCAACGAUUUGACACAAGUGUGAGUAAGGAAUUGAACAUUUCUUCAACGAAACUCAACAUUAUCUAGUCAAAUGAAAAAUGAAAAAACAUGAUUCAGUAAAAUAUACACUGUAAGACAGUCGAAGAGAAGAAAAUAUUACAGCGGGCUUCGAUGCUUAAAAAGCUAAAAUCUGAGGUCCCUUUGUAAUUUAUGUAAAUUCUAUUUGGUCAAUGAUCACAUAUUCACUUUUCCGUCACCCCGAAAUAUCUUAUGACGGGCCAGAUUAUAUAUUUUUUUAGUUUUAAACUAUAACUUCCUUUGGUGUUAGGUCAUUUUGCCCAACAAUGUAUGAAAUUAUUCUUGUGUGAAGGUUUCUCAAUCUAUUCCGUUAUUUUUUCUUCAUUCAACAAAUUGAUCUUUAAGUAUAAUCAAAGUUUCGAUAUUGUUCAAAUUGAAUUGCAGUGAUUUCUUUGAAAUUACGAACUUCACCUGUAUAAGAAAAAUUCUCUGACAUUGUGUUCAUUCUAGAUUGUAUAUCCAAUUGACAAUCCAAAUCCGAAUUGUAAAUUAUACGUAAUUCGAUAUCCGACAAUUUUAUUCUCAUUUCUUUAUUUCUGGUGGAUAUAAAGAAUAGAAUUUCAUUCGAAACAAAAAUAAAUAAUCCAAUAUUCUGCUUGUGUUUCUUUAAUUUUUACAAUCCAUCCAAGCUUUGAGAUUCACAAUUACGUUUACAUAUUUCUGGUUUUUCGGUAAAUCAGUAAGGUGUUAGAAAGAAAAAAAAAAAUUUACAAAGGAAAAGAAAAAGCAUAUAACGGAUGAUGAAUAAUAUAAGGAAAAGACGACAAUACAGUUUGAGGAUUGUUUUCAUCAAAAAAAAAAACUCGCGGUUAAACUGAAGAUGGAUAGCUACUUAAUACGUAAUUUUCAAUCAACCAUCGACCUAAUGUUGAACGGCAAAAAGACUUAUAUUCGAACAACUUUCGAUUCAUCCUAAAAAUAUUCUAAACGUGUCUCAAGUCCGUUCAAUUAUUCGAUUGCUCACGUGUAAAAGAGAAUUUUACAAUAGAUUUAAUGUGAGAAAAACCCAUGUACGAUAAUUCUGCUUCUAUGUCCUCGCCCGGUAGCGCAGCCAUAUAGAAAUUUUUUAUAAGAACGGUUAUUUAUGAUAGCAAUCACAUUAUUGAAUGUUUUCUUGUAUUAAGUUCUGAAAAUCUUGGUAUAGGUAGAAUAUAUUUAUCAGAAUUUUUCAACUAUAAAUACUACAAACAGAAUCGAAUUACAUGAAAUUUAAGGGACAAGUGCCAAUACAAUCUUAGGAUGUUAGAAAAAAAAAAAUUUCCUUUGCAUAAAUUGUUGCGUAAUUUUUCAGUAGUAAACAAUAAAUUCAUUAAAACGGUAUGAAAAAAAAAAAAAAACAGAAAUAAACUAAACCAACCUAACGACAAUUUAUUGUCAACAGUUGGUAACAAUUUCGAGGGCCUAUCUUUUGCGAAAUACAAUUAAGAUUUAUAUAC